AUGAUGGAAAACUUGACUUGGCCAUCCGCUCUUUCGCCACUCACUGACGGAAUCGCCUACAAAUGGCAAAACGUCAAGCAGAUCAAAGGCACCAACUUUGCAUUCGCGGCGGUGCGCUCCGAUGCAUCAGUUCUGACCUGGGGCUUUGGCCUUUGUGGCGGGGACAGCGCCUCUGUGCACAACUCGCUCCGCAAUGUGAACUCACUGCAUGCGACGGCCGGGGCCUUUGCAGCCCUUCGUCGGGAUGGCUCGGUGGUCUGCUGGGGCCAUCGGAGGCACGGUGGCGACGUUAAGCUGGUGCAGCAACAACUUCACAAGGUGGAUCGGAUUCGGGCAUCGGAGGCGGCUUUUGCGGCGAUUCGUGCAGACAACACGGUCGUUGUUUGGGGAGAUCCCGAUCUAGGAGGUGACUGCUCGAGGGUUCAGGACCAACUGCGUGACGUGGUGGAAAUCGCCGCCACAAGCCGGGCUUUUGCUGCCAGGAAGAGGGAUGGCAGCGUGGUGACGUGGGGCUUUGACCAGUACGGUGGUGACAGCUCCAGUGUCCAAAGCAGGCUGAAGACGAUCCAGCUCAUUGCAAGCACCGGCACCUCCUUCGCCGCCAAGCGCUCCGAUGGGAGAGUGGUGACCUGGGGCUUUGGCGAGUAUGGUGGGAACAGCUCCGCGGUCGAGCACCUCUUGACGAAUGUGAAUUCCAUCGAAGGAUCUACCGGUGCCUUUGCCGCCCUCCGCGGUGAUGGCACCGUCGUCUGUUGGGGAGAUCCCCUCUGUGGCGGAACUGUUCCAGAGAAGGUGCAGAACCAGCUCACGGAUGUGACGUCCAUCACGGCGUCCUAUGGAGCCUUCGCAGCCAUCAAAUCCACCGGCCAGGUCGUCACAUGGGGCGGCGACCACUUUGGCGGCGACAGCUCGCACGUGGCCAGGGAGCUUAUGGAUGUGACCGGUGUCAACGGAGAGGCCGCGAAGAACUACGGCAGCGACCAGCGAUAUGAAGUGCCAAGGGUGCGUACUGGCGCAUGA